AUGUCUGAAGAAGCUAUCCUAAUGGAGGAGAAAUACUCCGCUCAUAACUACCAUCCUUUACCUGUCGUGUUUGAUCAUGCUUUGGGUGCCCAUGUCUGGGAUCCCGAAGGCAAGGAUUACUUGGAUUUCUUAUCUGCGUACUCGGCGGUUAACCAAGGCCAUUGUCAUCCGACUAUUAUUAACGCCCUUGUCAAGCAAGCUCACAAAUUGACUUUAUCCUCAAGAGCAUUCUACAGUGAAGCGUUUGCCGAAUUUGCCAAAUUUAUUACCGAAUACUUCGAUUAUGAAUGUGUGUUGCCGAUGAAUACCGGUGCAGAGGCCGUUGAAACUGCUUUGAAAUUGGCAAGACGGUGGGGUUACAUGGUGAAGAAGAUCCCCGUUGGAGAGGCAGUAAUACUAGCCGCUCAAGGUAAUUUCCAUGGAAGAACCUUUGGUGCAAUCUCUUUGUCCACAGACGAGCAAGACUCCCGGUUACAUUUCGGCCCCUUUUUGAAGCAUACUCAUGCAGGUGGACCCCUGGGGACCACGAUCAGAUACGGUGUUGCCGAAGAUUUGGAAAAAGUGCUAGCCGCACAUGGGAAGACGGUUGCCGCUGUUAUCCUGGAACCGAUCCAGGGGGAGGCAGGGAUCGUUGUUCCUCCCGCAGAUUACUUCCCUCGAGUUACCGAGUUAUGCCGCCAACACAACGUGUUGUUGAUCUGUGACGAGAUUCAAACCGGGAUUGGGCGGACCGGCCAGUUGCUAUGUUCUCAACAUUACGGAAUUAAACCAGACAUCGUCCUCUUGGGGAAAGCUCUUGGUGGCGGUGUGCUUCCCGUAAGUGCUGUGCUUUCUUCCCGUGCCAUCAUGGAUUGCUUCACACCGGGCUCCCACGGCUCCACAUUUGGUGGUAACCCCCUGGCAUCGAAAGUGGCCAUUGCCGCUUUGCAAGUCGUACGUGAUGAGAAGCUGGUCGACCGGGCACGCGACAUGGGCGGCUACUUCCUGGACCAAUUACGUCAAUUACAGAAGGAAUCCGGGGGCACAAUCAGCGAGGUGCGCGGUGUUGGGCUGCUGACCGCCAUCGUGAUCGAUCCUGCAAGGACAGGGGGCCAUACCGCGUGGGAUGUUUGCCUGGCAAUGAGAGAUAACGGUGUUCUUGCUAAACCCACCCAUGAUCACAUCAUACGUCUAGCACCACCGUUAGUAAUCUCAAAGGAAGACUUGGAUAAAGGGAUUGAGGCUAUUCGUAAAGCUUUGAAAUCGUUCAACUGA